AUGAUGGAGAAAACCGGAGAUGUGGGAGGCUCCCCAGCCAACAAUUCGAGCGACUUUGUUCGCAAACUGUAUAAAAUGCUCGAGGAUCCCUCAUAUGAGUCGAUUGUACGGUGGGGGGAAAGCGGUGAUAGUUUUGUCGUCCUGGAGAACGAGAAGUUUACCAAGACCAUCCUCCCCAAGCAUUUCAAGCAUAGCAACUUUGCGAGUUUCGUCCGACAGUUGAACAAGUAUGACUUCCACAAAGUUAGACAGAACAAUGAGGACCAUGCCCCAUCGCCCUAUGGCCCCAAUGCAUGGGAGUUCAAGCACCCCGAGUUCCAGGCAAAUAAGAAGGAUUCGCUGGAUAACAUCAGAAGAAAGGCACCGGCGCCGCGGAAGCCUGUCCAGACCAUGGAGGAUCAGUACCCAUCCCAACAGAUAGAGCUCAUCAACAGCCAGCUGAUGGCAACUCAACAACAAUUACAGCACAUGUCAGAGAGAUACCAAGAUCUAGCUCAAAGUCACGUUGUAUUAUUACAGCAGGUUGUCCAACUACAGAAAUUUAUUAAGAAUCACGAUGGGGCCAUGCACCAAAUGAUGGGAUUCUUGCACAGCGUCGACGGCGAGAGACGCAACAACCGGAUGGGCGUAAUGGGAUCUGGGAAUGUCAUACCAACCGACGGUGUACCGGACGACCGCCUAGCAUCUCCUUUGCAACAAGCCUCGGAAUUGCUGGAUGAGUUUUCGACCGAAAAUCUACCAAAUAAGGAGCUCGAACAACUAGCACACAACUAUCACUUCCGAUUCGAAUAUUCGACGCCCCCUACUGACCCUGGGGGUUCUGGCAUGGCGCCUCCAUCGGCCGCUACUCCCACCCACAUAGGUUACCCAGUCGGAAAUGACCUGGAUAACAUGGUUUACCCGGUGGGCCAUACCAACGGCAUCGAUCCGAUCAAGAGUGAACAUAUUCACAAUAUCCCUUAUUCCCUGCCCCCGGGUGGAAUGAUACCUGUAAACCCGCUGCCAGAGAUAGUCCAGGAAGGUAACCCGAUUGCAAGUGGGAAGAAAGGCGGCACGGAACCGGUAUGGGGAAUUAACAAGCCGUGUGUACUGCUUGUGGAGGAUGAUAAAAUGUGUGCCAAGAUCGGGGCCAAGUUCUUGCAGUCGUUUGAGUGUGGCGUCGAAAUUGCCACUGACGGGCUCGACGCGGUGACCAAGAUUAACAAUUUCCCGGAUAGGUUCCAUCUGAUCUUCAUGGAUAUUAUCAUGCCUAAUCUAGACGGCGUUUCGGCGACUGUUUGCAUACGGGACUCGCGGCCUGAUAUUCCUAUAAUUGCCAUGACUUCGAAUAUCAGGGCUGAUGAUAUUGACAUGUACUUCCGCUACGGGAUGAACGACGUCUUACCAAAACCUUUUACCAAGGAGGGUAUGCUCAAGGCGCUCACUAAGCAUCUGCAGUCAUUUUUAAAGACUGCACCGUUCCCGGGGUCGACACAAAUGCCACAUCCGGCAGCUUUUCCAGCGCCCAACCAGCCACACCCACCUCUCGGCCUCAAUAUGGGCCAACUCUCCGCGGCGCAGACUCUGAAGGACGACACCCCGCCAGGCAAGUCCCCCGCCACGGCUGGGCCCUGGCACUCACCGCAUCAAAUUCCCGGUCAAUCGCCGGUAGGGAACCCGGCGGCGUGGAGUAUGCAACAACCUGCCCAGGGUCAUCCCUAUGCGAUGGCUUCCGCACCACCUCAUCCUCAGCCGGGAUAUCCAGCGCCUCCAAAUACGCCAUUGGGACCGCCCCGGGGGCCUCCGCACCGCAGGGUGAUCUCAGAUGUCGCAGGCGGGGUGGUCGAUGACAAUCCCGAGAAGCGGCAGAGGAUGUAUCCUCCUGGCCAGCCGGGUUACCAGCAAUAA